AUGAGUUCUGAUCCACGUCUUGCUAGUAAUGGCAACUCAGAAUCCGGAAUCCCAACCUCCUCACCACCCCCGCCGCCUCCACCACCACCGCCCCCCGAAGAACAAGCAGCAGUCUCAAUCCCAACAGCCGACGGAGCCGUAGAUAACCCAUCAUCCACUCCUCCUCACCCUACAUCUACAUCCUAUAAGCUUAAAUUCUGCACAGUAUGUGCCGCAAAUCAGAAUCGCUCUAUGGAAGCUCAUAAUCGACUUGCUGCUCCACCAUCUUCGUAUCCUGUCAUAUCAUUCGGCACUGGAUCUUUGGUUCGCCUCCCAGGGCCAACGAUUACCCAACCGAACGUGUAUAACUUCAAUACUGUAUCAUAUUCUCACAUCUACGAUGAAUUAUUAUCGAAAGACCCGCGGCUAUACAAGAGCAACGGCGUCCUGCCCAUGCUGGAGAGAAACAAAAGCGUGAAAUGGGGGCCUGAGCGUUUCCAGGAGUGGGUUCCUGGAUUGCCACGUAUGGAUCAUCUCUCACGAGGAGAUAAAGGUAGCCUUGGAACAGAAGGCGGCGUCGUCGAUGUAAUAAUUACGUGCGAAGAAAAGUGUUGGGAUGCCGUGGUUGAUGACUUGAUGACUCGUGGCGCUCCAUUGAAUCGCCCAGUUCACGUCUUCAAUGUUGACAUACGGGAUAACCACGAGGAGGCAUUGGUUGGAAGCAAAGCUAUUCUUGACCUUGCUGACCGGUUAAACGAAUCCGCAGAUCAAGAGAGAAAGACAAACGGAGCAGAUGGUUGGAAUCAAGGAGACGGCGCAGCGAGAAAGGGGUUCGACGAAAGAGUACCAGAGAUACUUGCCAAAUGGCAGGAGAAAUGGCCAAAUCUACCGGCCUUAUGGACCCUUUCAUGGUUCUGA